UCGCCCGGGCGUUGUUCUCUCUCUCUCCGGGAGGAUGAGGCGCCGACGCACCGCAGCGGGCUGAGGGGAACUAAUGAGCAGACAGACACAAAACACACGCAGCGUCUCCAAAGUGCGGCCACCAUGAAGAUAACACACCGGGGGGAAGACUCACCUGCCGACGCCUGAGCCAGGAAGCAGGAUGGCGGGGGGCCGGAGGGGACUUGUGGCCCCUCAGAAUACUUUUUUGGAGAAUAUUGUCAGACGGUCGAACGUUUGGACACUGUCACAUAGACAGACAGAUACCAACUUUGUUCUGGGAAAUGCUCAGAUUGUAGACUGGCCCAUAGUCUAUAGCAAUGAUGGCUUCUGCAAGUUGUCCGGGUACCACAGAGCCGAGGUGAUGCAGAAGAGCAGCACCUGCAGCUUCAUGUACGGCGAGCUCACAGACAAGGACACGACUGAAAAAGUGCGACUAACAUUUGAGAAUUAUGAGAUGAAUUCGUUUGAAAUACUGAUGUACAAGAAGAACAGAACGCCUGUUUGGUUUUUUGUGAAGAUUGCACCCAUUCGCAACGAACAAGAGAAAGUGGUCCUAUUUCUCUGCACGUUCAGUGACAUCACCGCCUUCAAGCAGCCGAUUGAGGACGAUUCUUCAAAAGGCUGGGGAAAGUUUGCCCGGCUGACUCGAGCCCUAACGAGCAGCAGAGGAGUGUUACAACAGCUGCAGCCCACAGUUCACAAGGGAGAGAACGUCCACAAGCACUCUCGCUUAGCAGAGGUACUACAGCUGGGCUCAGAUAUUCUACCUCAGUACAAGCAGGAGACCCCCAAGACCCCUCCGCACAUCAUCCUGCACUACUGCCUUUUCAAGACCACCUGGGACUGGGUCAUCCUCAUCCUCACGUUUUACACAGCCAUCAUGGUUCCCUACAAUGUCUCCUUCAAGACGAAGCAGAACAACGUGACGUGGCUGGUGGUGGACAGCAUCGUGGAUGUUAUCUUUUUGGUGGAUAUUGUCUUAAACUUCCACACCACAUUCGUUGGACCUGCUGGAGAGGUCAUCUCAGACCCCAAGCUGAUUCGCAUGAACUACCUGAAGACCUGGUUUGUCAUUGACCUGCUGUCCUGUCUGCCCUAUGAUGUCAUAAACGCCUUUGAGAAUGUAGAUGAGAAUUGGAACCAGAGAGCCGUCACUCAAGGAAUCAGCAGUCUGUUCAGCUCACUGAAGGUGGUCCGACUUCUCCGUUUAGGUCGAGUCGCCCGCAAACUGGAUCACUACAUCGAGUACGGCGCAGCUGUGCUGGUGCUGCUGGUUUGUGUUUUUGGACUGGCUGCUCACUGGCUUGCCUGCAUUUGGUAUAGCAUUGGCGAUUACGAAGUAAUUGAUGAGGAAACCAACAUCGUGCGCCAGGACAGCUGGCUCUUCUUGCUGGCUGAGACUGUUGGCACGCCAUACCGCUUCAACGCCAGCGGUUCGGGGAAAUGGGAGGGCGGCCCGAACAAGCACUCGGUCUACAUCACAUCCUUGUACUUCACCAUGACCAGCCUGACCAGCAUCGGCUUCGGAAACAUCGCCCCAACGACGGAUGGAGAGAAGAUCUUUGCUGUGGCCAUGAUGAUGAUUGGAUCCCUUCUUUAUGCCACCAUCUUUGGUAAUGUGACAACGAUCUUCCAGCAGAUGUACGCCAACACGAAUCGUUACCAUGAGAUGCUGAACAGUGUCCGUGACUUCCUUAAGCUCUACCAAGUGCCCAAAGGUUUGAGUGAACGGGUUAUGGACUACAUCGCGUCUACGUGGUCCAUGUCACGAGGCAUAGAUACAGAGAAGGUCUUACAGAUAUGCCCCAAGGACAUGAGGGCAGAUAUUUGUGUUCAUCUCAAUCGGAAGGUUUUUAAAGAGCACCCAGCUUUUCGACUGGCCAGUGACGGGUGCCUCAGAGCGCUGGCCAUGGAGUUUCAAACCAUCCACUGUGCUCCUGGUGACCUGAUCUACCACGCUGGCGAAAGCGUGGACAGCCUUUGUUUUGUGGUUUCGGGAUCACUGGAGGUUAUUCAAGACGAUGAGGUGGUGGCAAUUUUAGGUAAGGGGGACGUAUUUGGGGAUGUUUUCUGGAAAGAGGUGACUCUGGCUCAAGCCUGCGCCAACGUCCGAGCGCUGACCUACUGUGACCUUCACAUCAUUAAGCGCGAUGCUUUACAGAAGGUGCUGGAAUUCUACACGGCGUUCGCCAACCAUUUCUCACGAAAUCUGCUGCUUACUUACAACCUACGCAAAAGGAUCAUCUUCCGAAAGAUCAGCGAUGUGAAACGAGAGGAAGAAGAGCGGCAGAGACGUAAAAACGAAGCGCCACUGAAUUUACCGCCAGACCACCCUGUACGAAAACUCUUCCAGCGCUUUCGACAGCAGAAGGAAGCUCGCAUGGCAACUACGAAACGCAGUCUGCGUGAACACGAUAUCGAGAAGGGCCACGAGUACGUGGAUGCACAUUUAGAUAAAUCCACAGUUGCUCCUACCAGUAUUGUCACAGUCACGGAAAGCCCAGCAACACCCUCAUCCUCAUCGCCACUGUCUUCAUCACCACCCAGUAGUGCCCCUUCAGACAAGGUUAUGCUCCAAGUGCCCUCCACCAUUUCCUUUGUAGGCUGCCGGCCUGAAGAACCUGUCAAAGUAAAAGGCUGGGGUCGCUUCAAAGAGGCCUCAGCUAAAGCCGACAACUGGAAUAAAGUGUCCAAGGCCGAAUCCAUGGAAACUUUGCCUGAACGGACCAAGGUGCAUGAAUCCCAGACGACACUAAAGAAGACUGACUCCUGUGACAGCGGUAUCACCAAAAGUGACCUGCGCCUGGACAAAGCAGAUGAGUUCCACAGUACCCCACAGGACCACAGUCCAGUCCAGCCGGAGAUCCGGCACGCCUUCUAUCCCAUCCCAGAGCAAACGCUUCAGGCUUCGCUCCAGGAGUUGAAGCUGGAGUUGAAAGACGACCUUAAAAACCUGAAUGUUCGAAUGUGUGGCUUGGAGGCGCAACUCACAGAAGCACUUCAACUCCUCAAAGCACGGAAAUCCCCUCCUGGCUCGCCACAGCCGCUCUUUGACAUUUCUAGACCAGCUUCGCCAGAACUGGACAAAGACGACAUUUUCUCUUAAAGCAUGGAAGGAGCGCUUUGAAGAGUCGGUCAACAGAACACCAUGAACUCAGCUGGAGUCCAGUAAUAUCCAGAUUACUUGGAUAGCUGAGGCUGCAUUCGGCACACUGUUCAGAGUGGGCACCGUUGCGGUCUUUAAGACCCACAGUUCCUUAUCUCAGGUGUACGUGUUGGUGUUAACAAGCGGACAUUGUGGUAAAGUCCAGGCAAAAACCAAAGUCUUGGAGUUUUACAGUUGCAGGUUUGGUGCAAGGUUACAGACAUAACUGACAGCUGUAUGCUUGUAUAUAAGUUUAUAUUUAUUUUAAAUUGUACUAUAACAGCAAAAUCAGUGUUGCGGUUAUCGAUUUUAGCUCGAGUCCAAAAACAUUCAAUUCUUAACAAAGUUUGUGAGUCUAAGACAGACUGUGUUUGUUGCUCCAGUGUAGAUGGCAUGAUUCACUGGUUUAUUCCAUCAUUUCUAUAAGAAAGAGUCCUCUGCAUGACAUAUUAUGCAUCAAAAUGCAAAUGGUGCCUAUUUAAUUAACUGAAGCCAGGGACUCAGUCAUUUGCAUUAUUUGCAGCAACCCUGUAAAAGGUCAUUGGAAAUGUCGAAACUUCCAACAACUGAUGAACUCCGCUGCUAUUCCAGCCCCCAGUAUCAUCAUGAAUUAUACACAGACAGCUCUGGCAAAGCAAUCCGAUUUAUCAAAUGUCUUCAGGCAGCACUUCCUUAAAAUGAAUGCGUUUAAUGAAAAAAAUGAAAAAUGGAAUGUAAUAGUUAAGUAGUUUAACAGCAGUUAGCAAGUUUCCCCACUGGCUGCUGUCGCAUACUUAUUCUCCUGUACAAACACACGGACUGUAACGUUACAGGUAUAUUAAAGCUUUACAGAUUUAGGUCUGGUGAUGCAUAAUUCGGUAAAGCAGAUGGCACAAUGCUGCGCUGCUUUGAUUGUGUGACUUAAACAAUAAACAAUGCCUGGUUGGAUAUUA